GGCAGCAUUGUGUUUCAUAACACCUCAGUUCAAAUCUGUUCCUGAAGGAGGCAUGGCUGCUCUCUUUAAAGCUAGAAAGGCGCUCGGUCUGUGUCUCUCCUGUCGGAGUUUCUCGGCUCUGGCAGAGCUGUCGGAGACUCACCAGCUGCUCCGACAGACCUGCAGAGACUUCGCCGACCGAGAGCUGACCCCCAUCGCCGGGAAGCUGGACAAAGAGCAUGCUUUCCCUAAAAAACAGAUCCAGGAUUUGGGGGCGCUGGGUGUGAUGGCCAUGGAGGUGCCGGAGGAGCUGGGGGGGGCGGGGAUGGACUACCUGGCCUACAGUCUGGCCAUGGAGGAGAUCAGCCGAGGCUGCGCCAGCACGGGGGUCGUGGUGUCCGUCAAUAACUCUCUGUACAUCGGGCCGAUAUUAAAGAACGGCACAGAGGAGCAGAAGCAGCAGUGGAUCACACCGUUCACCACCGGAGAGAAGGUGGGCUGCUUCGGACUCAGUGAGCCAGGUAACGGCAGUGAUGCGGGCGCGGCCUCCACCGUGGCCCUUCAGGACGGAGAGGACUGGGUUCUGAACGGGACCAAAGCCUGGAUCACCAACAGCUGGGACGCCUCGGCCACCAUCGUGUUCGCCACCACCGACAAGAAGCUCAAACACAAGGGUAUCAGUGCCUUCCUGAUCCCCAUGCCUCACCCCGGUCUCUCUCUGGGGAAGAAGGAGGACAAACUGGGCAUCAAGGCGUCGUCCACGGCCAACAUCAUCAUGGAGGACUGCAGGAUCCCUCUGGGAAACAUGCUGGGGCCUCGAGGCGCCGGGUUCAAGAUCGCUAUGCAAACUCUGGACAGCGGGAGGAUCGGGAUCGCUGCUCAGGCUCUGGGGAUCGCUCAGGCGUCUCUGGACUGCGCUGCAGAUUACGCUCUCAAACGCGUUGCAUUCGGAGCUCCGAUCGGAAAGCUGCAGGCCAUACAGUUUAAGCUGGCUGACAUGGGGGUGGCGGUGGAAAGCGCUCGCCUGCUCACCUGGAAAGCUGCUCUGCUUCGAGACUCAAAGAAACCCUUCACCAAGGAGGCAGCCAUGGCUAAACUCGCAGCGUCUGAAGCCGCCACCUUCUGCGCUCAUCAGGCGAUCCAGGUCCUGGGGGGGAUGGGCUACGUGACGGACAUGCCGGCGGAGAGGCAUUAUCGAGACGCUCGCAUCACGGAGAUCUACGAGGGAACCAGCGAGAUCCAGAGACUGGUGAUAGCUGGACAAAUCUUGAAGGAGUACCAGUGAUACGCAACCGAAAACUGACAAUAAAUCACAGAUCUGGAGUCAGAUGAGUCGACCUGGAGACAUUACCUCAUACGUAAAGAUAGGAGAAUGUGAGCUGAGCUGCAGGUUUUAUAUGUUUGUACCAAAACGCUAUUAAAUGCCGACGUUCGGAGGAGAUUCCCACAUGUUUCACGUUUCGAGAGAAUUAAAGCACUUAUUUUUUACUCUAUGCGCAAAGACGUCACUUUUCUUUGCUGAUUUAACGGUCAGUUCACUUUAAACAUCACAAAUCUGCUUAGAAAUAAAAAAAGAACUCGUAUAACUGCGUGAAUAUUUGGGUUUUAAAGUUUUCCUUUAUACCAUCGGCUCAAAAAUGUCCGUCUUUUAAUGCAUCGCCAGAUUUAAGGAUCAAUACUUUCUUUCAUGCCAUGCAGACAGUUUUAGUUUUGUAUGUUAUUUGUCUCCUUUUCAACAAUUAACAUCUAAAUAUUCUGCUUUUUAACACAGUAAUAAUGAGACCAAUUCAACAAGAAGCAAGGGUUUAAAAAAUAUACAAUCACAAAUCUGCUUAGUAAUAAAAACAACUCUUAUAACCGCCUGAAUAUUCUGGUUUUAAAGUUUCCUUUGAAUGCAAACCGAAGCUGCUAAUGGAUCGUCUGGCAGACGUCAUUAGAAUCAUUAGAAUUUGAUAAAUUGACACAAGAUUAAUUUUAUUCAAGGUUUUGUGUGAACUGACCCGUAAAAGGACCACUUCCCGGGACAGCCAGCAGGGGGCGCUGCUUCAGGAUUAUUUGAUGAAUUUCUGUAAAAACUGCAAAAUAAUCACUUUUUUUUCCAGAUUGAAAACAUUUGUUGACUUUAGUUUAAUGUAAUAUCCUGAAUGUCAGUUCGAGAGAACACUUGAAUGAUCGAGGUGAUAAAGCCUGAUUGAAGCGCUUUAGGGAUACAUCUGUUAUGAAAUACAGUUUGCUUGUGUUUGGUUAAUUUCACCGUGCCUCAAUAACUUGUAUAUUAUAAUGUAUUUAUGGUGUGGAAGAUAAAAAACACGAUUGCAGGAUUUAAAGGAUUCCUGUUUUUACUGCAGAAACAAAUAAAGCAACUUUUUGAUCAUA